UCUAUCUCACACACGCACAAAAAAUCUGAGGACACGGUGAAAGGAGAAGACGCUACAGUGGUAGAGAAGGAGAAAUCCACUCUCUCUCUUCCAACAAGUAGAAGGAGAUCUAUCAGGGAAGAGCUCUCUCUCUCUCUCUCUCACUCUCCACACAAUAGAAGAAGAUCCAGUAGGGAAAAGCCUUCUCUCUUUUAUCUAUCUAUUUAAUUCAACAUACCAGAAGAUCUCCUCCCUCUCUCUCAAAAUUCUCAUAUAAAAAAAAAGAGAGAGAAGAAUACCCAACAGUGCUCUCUCUCUCUCUCUCUCUCUCUCUCUCUCUCUCUCUCUCUCUCUACAACACAAUAGAAGAAGAUCCAGCCGGGAAAAACCCUCUCUAUCUGUCUCUCUCUCUCUCUCUACUUCAGCAUACCAGACGAAGAUCUCCGCCUUCUCCAAAUUCUCAGAUAACAAGAGAAGAAUACCCGACCGUGCUCUCUCUCUCUCUCUCUCUCUCUCUCUCUCUCUCUCUCUCUCUCUCUCUCUCUCUCUCUCAACACAGUAGACGAAGAUCCAGCAGUGAAAAGCCCUUUCUAUCUAUCUCUCUACUUCAGCAUACCAGAAGAUCUCCUCUCUCUCUCUCUCUCUCUCUCUCUCUCUCUCUCUCUCUCUCUCUCUCUCUCUCUCUCUCUCUAACCAAAAGAGAAAAAAGGAACCUCCACUAUACAAGAGGAGAAGAUAAAGAAGCAAGAAGAUGUCCAGCCUUUCUCUCCAUCUUAUCCUACACCCCACCGUCUUAUGCUCCUGAGCACUCACCUCAAUCACCAGCAUCGCCAACUACUAUCUCCUUCUCCUCAACCAUGAACCUAGAAGACUCAUUCAAAUCCCUCUCCCAUGAUUACCUCAAUCUCCUCAUCAAUGGCCAGGCCUUCUCCGACGUCACCUUCAGCGUCGAGGGCCGCCUCGUCCAUGCCCACCGCUGCAUCCUAGCAGCUCGUUCCCUCUUCUUCCGCAAGUUCUUCUGCGGACCUGAUUCCCCACCCGGCCUCGAUUCCCCUGCCGGACACCGCAUCUCGUCCCCUUCAUCCUCACCUAGGACCUCCAAUUCCCACGUCAUCCCCGUCAAUUCCGUCGGCUACGAGGUCUUCCUGCUUCUCCUCCAGUUCCUCUACUGUGGCCAGGUCUCUAUCGUGCCGCAAAAGCACGAGCCCAGGCCCAAUUGCGGCGAGAGGGGAUGCUGGCAUACUCAUUGCACCUCAGCCGUCGAUCUCGCCCUUGACACCCUCGCUGCCGCCCGAUCAUUCGGGGUCGAACAGCUUGCCGUGCUUACACAGAAGCAACUAGCAAGCAUGGUAGAGAAAGCUUCCAUUGAGGAUGUGAUGAAAGUACUCUUGGUUUCAAGGAAGCAAGACAUGCACCAGCUCUGGACUACAUGCUCCCACCUUGUCGCGAAAUCCGGCCUUCCACCAGAAGUCCUCGCCAAGCACCUCCCGAUUGACGUCGUGGCCAAGAUUGAAGAGCUCCGCUUAAAAUCAUCGAUGGCCCGUCGCUCGUUCCUCCCCCACCACCACCCACACCACCCCCACCAUCAUGACCUGGGCGGUGGUCCUGCGGAACUCGAAGAUCACAAGAUCCGCCGCAUGCGCCGAGCACUUGACUCCUCUGAUGUGGAGCUCGUCAAGCUCAUGGUCAUGGGGGAAGGCCUCAACCUAGAUGAUGCACUUGCCCUCCACUACGCCGUCGAGAAUUGCAGCCGAGAGGUGGUGAAAGCCCUGCUGGAGCUUGGGGCUGCUGAUGUCAACCACCCGGCAGGCCCUGCUGGGAAGACCCCACUGCAUGUUGCGGCCGAGAUGGUGUGCCCCGACAUGGUGGCAGUCCUGCUAGACCACCACGCAGACCCCAACGUGCGAACCGUCGACGGCGUCACCCCGCUCGACGUGCUGCGAACCCUCACCUCUGACUUCCUCUUCAAGGGGGCGGUUCCAGGCCUGGCCCACAUAGAGCCCAACAAGCUUAGGCUCUGUCUCGAACUCGUCCAAUCUGCAGCACUUGUACUCUCUCGGGAGGAGGGGAGUGGCAAUAGUGGCGGAGGGGGUGGUUCUAUUUAUCCACCGAUGAGCAAUGAACCCGGCGGUGGUGGUAACAACAGCAGCAGCAACAUGAGUAGCCUCAGCCUCGAUUCAAGAAUGGUGUAUCUUAAUCUCGGAGCAGCGGCCGCAGCCCAAUUGGGAUGCAAGAUGGACGGUGAUGAUGAUAACAGCAGCAGCAAUGACCAAAGGGAAGCCAUGAAUCAACAUGGGGCUCAUGGAUAUGGAAGUCUAAGACAUGGAUUUUUCUCACCAGCGUUUGGAGGGGAUUGAUGAAGAGACAACGAGAAUCUAAGUAUGCAUUGGACGAUGGGAGAAGAGAUGCAGGUCAAUCUUUUCACUCGGCCUGUCACCUCCUCUUUUGUUUUUGGUGCUAUCUAAUCUGAUAUCAUGCCCUAUUUAUUGUGACUGUUUUCCCUUUCUUCUUGUCCCCCUCCACCCACCUUUUCUUUAUUUGUUACCCUACAAUGUGCUUUCCUCACACCUUAAAUUCCAUACUGGCAACACCUCCACCGUCCACGUGGCCUUCAUGCAUAUCAAUCCAAACCACCCAAAAUGAUGGGCCCAUUGUCAAUCGCCAAUCAACUGCUCUCAACGAGUGUACUGCAUGAUGGUUGCAAUCAAACGCUUAAGAUUAUCCCACGUGUAUGCAGGAAAUGUUGCCACAAUCUCAAGAGUUGUGGCAAACACACAUUGUAGGCCACCCUUGGUUUUUUCAUAUUAUUUUCUAUCUGAAUACUCACUAAUGGUAGUAGAAAAUCAUCCCUAAUUAAGAGGGGGUGGGGGUCUACCCUUGAAUUGUCUUUCUUCAUAUCAAGCUUUGUUUGGAUAUGGAAAAUGCAUAUAUCCUAUUAGAGUAAAUGAGCUGUCUCCUCUCCCAACAACUGCUUUAUUGCAAUUUUUUUCUAUCUUUUUCUUGACAUGGGUUCUAAAGAAACAUGGCCCCUCCUUUGUUGUGUUAUGUGAUUGAAUUAUAAACAAAUGGUUUUGGCAAAGGACA